AUAAAAUAAAUAUCCAGAAAUACUUCACACAUAUGAAUCCACUGGUUCCCUCUCGAGGGAAAGAGAAACCAUUCCCUUCGAUCUCUCUCGCUUCAAAAUUCUAGGUUCUUGGAGCUCUUUUUUUGCAGUGAUUAUGGAUGAGGCUGAGGAUGAUCUCGAGCCCUUGUUCGAUUAUAGCCGCGUGCAGCCACAGGGAAUCAUGUGCUUGGAUGAUGAUGAUGAGCUUGAUUCGUCCCCAAUUCCCACCGUCGCUGACCGGAAAAGGACCGCUGAUCAAACUGAUAAAAAGAAAGAGAAGGAUUGCAAAGUUGUAGACGUUGUUCAAGUUAAUCAGAAGAAGGAUGAGGAUGAGGAGGACUGGCUGCCUCCUCCGCCACGCAAGAUCCCUAACUCAGGCUCUGGAUUCAUCGAAGACAAGACUUUGCAGGAAUUGAGGCUACAGAAGCAAGAAUUGGAAUCAUUUGCUCAAUCAGCGGAGGUUGUGCUGAGAGAAGUGCUUGAAUCUGCCAAAAGAAAUAUGCAUCAUGGGGAAAAAACUGUAGUGGUGCUGGAUGCUGAACAACCAUCAAAACCACAAGUUGAAAGACCUAAGAUAGUCAUAUCAAUUCAAGACAGGAAGGGGAAAAAACAAUAUAAGAUCUACAUGGAUGACAAGUUCGAGAGGCUUUUCAAAAUGUAUGCAGAGAAGUCUAAGCUCAACAUGGAAGGCUUGGUUUUCUCUUUUGACGGGGAGAAAAUCAGCCCACAGGCAACACCAAAGAACCUUGGCAUGGAGGACGGCGAUAUGAUUGAAGUGAAUGCCAAGGCUCAUUAGACUCUCAAGGCAGUCAAGUCCCUUCGUGGUUGCAGUUUUGUGAUUUUCACUAACUUGGUUAAAUUAAACUGGAUAUUGUGAUGUAUUUAACAACUUUUGAGUAAACAUUGUUUACUGAAAUGAACACAAAUAGCAUCAACAACUUUACUUGCUAAAUUCUGAUACAUUGUAAAUAUUUGUGUCUCGCCUUACUUUGGCAAGUUUGUCUUCAUUUUACAAAUAUAUACUUUCUUUUUCUGUUGAA